UAGCGCACAGGUGUUCACAGCACAUCCGCUUGCGCGCGCGGCGUAGCGGUUUCAGUAAUGGCGUCUGUGGCUGAGAUGCGCUUGGCUUUAGAAAAAUGAAGCGUAGAAGAACUUACUUCUUAUACUGAAAACGCGGGGUUUCCUUUCGUGAACUUUGCGUGCGAAGCCGUGUCAUCUCGCGGAGGUUUGCGCUCUGAUAUUAGCCAGUUCCCGACGUGCCGAGAUGAUGAAGCUGAAGUCUAACCAAACUCGCACCUAUGAUGGAGAUGGGUACAAGAAGCGGGCCGCCUGCCUGUGCUUCAGGAGCGAGACUGAGGAGGAGGUGUUGUUGGUGAGUAGCAGCCGACAUCCUGAUAAGUGGAUUGUGCCCGGAGGAGGAAUGGAACCGGAGGAAGAGCCCAACGUUGCUGCUGUUCGAGAAGUGUGUGAGGAGGCUGGUGUCAAGGGCACUUUAGGAAGACUAGUAGGAAUAUUUGAGAACCAGGAUAGGAAACACAGGACAUAUGUGUAUGUUCUCAUUGUAAAAGAAGUACUGGAAGACUGGGAAGACUCUGUAAACAUCGGGAGAAAAAGGGAAUGGUUUAAAAUAGACGAUGCCAUACAAGUGUUGCAGUGUCACAAGCCAGUGCAGGCCACCUACUUCGAGGCUCUACAAGAGAGCUGCCUGACGAGCAACGGCACUCCUCUAGUGGCCACGAUAGCUGAAGACCUCUCACCCAGCUACAACAUCAAUCAGAGCUCUGUCUCUGACAUCAGAUAACUAACAUACAACACUGACACUCCGGAUGCUUCCGCCACCACUCUCGCUCUUAUUCUUUCAGUAUUCUUUUUUUUCUUCCUCUUUCUCUCUUUUUUUUCCUUUACUCUUAAAAUACGGUUUGCCUUGCCAACCCUUUUUUGAGUGCCAGAGAGGUGGCACAAACUUGACAAAGUGUUGGGUAAAUAUUCAAAAACAUGUUUUGUAAAUGUAAAUUUAAUGUUUGUCGCUCUCUACUCUGAUUUUUUUUCCCCACCUCUCCUUAAGAAUGGACAGUUGCAUGAACCCCACCCCCACUCCUUUUCCCUUUAGUGCCCUCUGUGACCCAAGUGUGAGGUUAAAUGAAUGCAAGAACUACUUUUUACUGUUGUGAUGUAAAUACACGUAGCCUAGUGCUUAUGCUUGAGGCUUUGAAUAUUUUUUACGCAUCCAUUUUUCUUGUAUGUGAGAGCGAGUGAGCAUGUAUUUGUGUGAGUAGUGCGAGUAUGUGUUUGUUCUCGGAAACCACCCCCAACAAUGAGAAGGAAAUGCUGAGUUGCCUGAGCGGAUGGAAUUGGUGAGAGGUCAGUUGGUUUGCAUGAGCACUGAUAUUUAUUUGUCUUACAAGUUUGGGAUCUAAUGAAUGUUCAACCUGUAUUUGGUGUCAGUAGGUCUUUUGAGUGAUCUCUUCCUCCCUUUUUUGCCCUUUAUGCCAUUUUGUAAAUAUCUUAUGGGUUGAUGAAAUACACACCCGGGUUUAAUUAUGCUUGUUUCCUUACUAGAGUGGUGCCUAAAUGUGUGAGAACUCCGAAUUUAAAGUGAUAGUAGAACCCAAAAAUGCUUACAAGGCCAGCAAUUAUUGGAAGCAAGCAGGGUAAGCCAGCAGGACAUGAUGAUAACUGAUGAGUUCUGUGCACUGCUUGCAUCCAUUCAUGCUGUAACCUGUGUAGCUGACAGCCAGUCCUACAGGUCCAGUAAUUUCAAUGUCGUUGGUAGUAAUAGUUAUGGAAGAAACUGGUUUUAUCUGCACAAAUCACCACUUAAAUCAGAAUGAGUGACAAGGUUGUAGAGUUUAUGAUGUGACAUUUGUGAACAUUGGAGAACAGGACAGCUUCUUGGAAAAGAACUUAAUAGGCACAUAUCGAGUGGAUCCCGUUUUUUUUCCCGCCUUUUUAAUUUAUUAGUGUCUCCUGUUAUGGAGCUGUUUUUUUUUGGACCAGGUAGGUCUAGGCCAGGGUAGCAGUGAAAACUAAUUUUGGGCCCAUUAUUGAUGUGCUGGUUUUUUUUUUCCCCCAUUUGGUCCCAAAAUAUUUUGCAUAUAUGUGUGGUGGCCUGAGAAAACCCUUUACAUUGUUAGAUUUUGACAUACACACUUUCCUGAUCUGAAAUAUGCUACUCUUUUGUAUGUAUUUCAAUCACAAUUAGCCUGCUCACACCCCAAAAGUGAAAAUGGAGAAAAUCGCAUUUAAAGAUUCCAUUAAAAGAUGCCCCACUUACCUCUACAUUUAUAAACUAAUCUACUUUUGGAAAAACUUUACAGCCAAAUUUUGAGGAAUCAAGCCUCAUCGUCGUCUCUUCUGACUGAUCAGCGUUCACGUUAACACUGGUGGGGAUAUAAUUGCUGAUUAAUUCAAUAAGUUCUGUUGGCUAAAUUUGACACUCAUGUCCAUUUUAGCAUGGCAUCUAGCUAUCGAACAAUCAAUAGGUGACAUUUACUGUGUGAGGAAGUCACACGUAGCUAGCGAGCCUUUAGCCAUCUUUAGGCAGACUGUCUGCAUUUUCUGCCACGUUUGUAAAACUGGCUGCUCAAGUGACGUGAUCUUUGCAGACAGCCAAGGCAAGGCAGCCUAAAUAAAACCAUUUCUGUGUCAUUUUUGUAGAAUGUAUUUCUUUAAACUAAAGAUAUCCAAGUAUAUCAUUGUUUAAAAAAAAUAUUUUGGCUUUUUCUGAUUGUUAUUUUUGGCUGUUUUCCAGAAUUCAGUCACAGCAAUAUCCAACGGGUUUUCCCAGACUGCCUGACAUAUAUCCCGGAAAUUACCACAGGAUUUUUUUUUUUUUUUUUUUUUAAUCUCAUUUUACGUUUAAAACAUUGAAGGCACUUUUCAGUUCAGUCAAAAACAGUUCCUUUUGAAUGUUCCAACAGAAAACCCACAUGCCUUAGUCAUCCCACAAAUUAUUUUAAGCUUGUAAAAAGGCUCAUGCCAACUGCAUGAAGGCUAAUGUGGCCUCUUGUUAUCUUGUACCAUCUUGAUUUGGAUGAGAUGGUAUUAUGUAUUUAUGUAUGUUGAUUUCUGCAGUAAUUUUUUUUUAAGAGUAAUCUCUUAAAAGAAUUGGCGCCUCCGUCGAGCGCUCCAUACCUGCUCAACAAGAACUAUAAUGUGCUGUUUAUAAAAACAUGCAGAGCUAAACAAGGCUUGUAUAACUGAGACCUUGUUUCAAAAUGUAAGAAAUGUGGACCGUACCCCUCCCCUCCUUUAUUCCUCUCUUUUCCUCUUUGUCUAGUAAGUUGUCUUAGCCAGGCUGCUUACUGCCCUUCUGAUGGCAUGCAGCAGUUGGCACAAUACUGUGAAUCUGGAGCCACUGUAGUUAGCCAGACUUUUGUUUUUUCUUUCUGUAUAGACUAAAUUUGAAAAGACAAAGUACAGUAUGUGUGGUUUUUCAUGUUGGGUAUGAUGGUACACAUUGUGAGUUUCUGGUGAAUGGCGAUGGAACUGUUAAAGUCCCCAAGCAGGACGUUUGGGGAUGUAUUCUUUUUGGGCUGUUUAAGUUGCUGUAGGUGCAGGUUUACAGUGUUUCUUGUAGCCAAUCACAACAUUUCCCUCAAUUUCUCUGUUCAGAUCAGAUUCCAACACAAUCAUUAAUCUGAAAGUUAAUUUUGAGCUCAUGGAUGUAAAUUUAUAGACAAGCAAUUUUGCUAUUAGGAUUUUUUUGGUUAAUUCUGAGCAAGAGAAAAAAAAAAAAAAGCCAUCUUUGAUGUAGGCCAACUCAACCAAUUCAUGAUUAAGAUUUUGCUAGAUAUGACUAGUUUGUAUCUUAUCCAUGUAACACUAAAAUCACUGCAUUAGAUUAUUACUUAGUAAUAUAGAUGGGUUUACAAUUAUAAUGUGGUCCUUUCUCCAUGUAGAUGUUGUCUUUUGUUUUUUUUUUAGCUAGAGGCUUUAACAGACUUGAGAUAAUCUUAUGAAUGUCCCAAAGCACAAUCACUUGCAUACACAGAAAUGUUUGUAAUGAUUAAAGGGUUUUUUUUUUUUUUUUUUUUGGAAAACUGUGCAGUAAAAAAAAAAAAAAAAAGUUAGAUCUGCUUAUUGAAGCAAAGGGCUUUGUAACCAGUCUUUUAAAUUGCCCAGAUCUGAUUUUGGAGUCUUACUUUCCAAAAUACCAAACAAAAAUUAAGGAUUGGUAACUACAGCAUUUUCUGUGCAGACCAAAUUUGACCUACAGACAUCAUUCAUGCUAUUGCACCUUACUAUCACACAGCCAGUGUAAUGCAUCAGACCCUGAAUGUAAACUUGUAGAUUAUAUCAAAACACCAGCUUGAUUUAGUACAUGUUCUAAACAACACAAUUCACAUCUGCUAAGUGCUCCAAAAAGGGCUGCUGCCUAUAAAAACCUACAUCACUUAUACAGCCCAUAAAGCUGUGACCUUUUUCAGUUUAACAAACAUACCUGGAACGUUUGCGUUGUGAUUUUGGGAUUGUGGAAUAUACCAGUAUGAGAAUGUAAUAUAAAUGUGCCAACAAAUAAACAUCAGUAUUUCACAUUA